UUUCGUUUUAUUGUUUUCUUGAUCCACAAGACAUUAGGAUUCAUUGAUCCACAAGACAUUAGGAUUCAUUGAUCCACUAUUCUCUAAUAACAAAAGUAAUAAGAAUAAUCACUGACCCGCAAGUUACAACACUUGAUCCCCAAGUAAGAAGGACCUCUUCUGUUGGUUGACAUCAGCCCUAUAUAUACACCUGAACACCUCUACCCACAACCAAUUUGUCAAUUGUUUUCUUCAAAUCAUUUGAAAACGUUCUUGUGAGACUAGGUCAUUAGACUGCGUGUCCUGAAUCAUGAGUAAUAAUACAGAAAGCUCCCGCAGUGCUCUGGCCAACACUCUUGAACGGCGCUUCUUUUACAUCCCUUCUUUCAAGAUCUACGGCGCCGUUGCUGGCCUGUACGACUAUGGCUCGCCCGGCUGCAAACUCAAGAAGAAUGUCCUUUCGCUUUGGCAUCAGCACUUUGUUCAUGAAGAGAACAUGUGGGAGAUUGACUGCCCUUGCCUCACGCCAGAGGUUGUUUUGAAGGCAUCUGGCCAUGUAGAUAAGUUCACUGAUCUCAUGGUUAAGGAUGUGAAGAAAGGGACUUGCUACCGGGCUGAUCACUUGCUCAAGGAUUUCUGCAAUAAGAAGCUUGAAGAUCAGGACCGUCGCAUUAGUCCAGAGAUGGCAAUGGAGCUGAAACAAGUGCUUUCGAAAUUGGAUGGUCUAUCAGCUGAAGAGCUGGGUGCAUGCAUCAAGAAAUAUGGGAUUAGAGCCCCCGAAACAGAUAAUUAUCUCUCAGAUCCUUAUCCUUUCAACUUGAUGUUUCAAACAUCAAUUGGUCCGUCUGGUUCGAGCACUGGUUUCUUCCGCCCAGAAACUGCACAAGGCAUAUUUGUGAAUUUUAUGGACAUUUACUAUGACAACGGGUGCAAGCUGCCUUUUGCUGUUGCUCAAGUUGGCCAGGCUUUUCGAAACGAGAUAUCUCCUCGCCAAGGCCUGUUGAGAGUCCGCGAGUUCACACUCGCGGAGAUUGAGCACUUUGUUGAUCCUGAAGACAAAUCUCACGUGAAAUUCCCCACCGUAGACAAGUUGCAACUUCCUAUGUUCCCAAGGGAUGAACAAAAGCCCGGCCAAUCUGCAAGAUUAAUCUCUCUGGGUGAAGCAGUGCAUUCUAAGAUUGUGGAGAAUGAAACUCUUGGCUACUUCAUUGGGAGAGUAUAUCUCUUCCUCACUCGUCUAGGUAUAGACAAGAACCGUAUAAGGUUCAGGCAACACCUUGCUAAAGAGAUGGCUCACUAUGCUGCUGACUGCUGGGAUGCUGAGAUUGAGACUUCCUAUGGCUGGAUUGAGUGCGUCGGUAUUGCAGAUAGAUCUGCAUAUGACUUGAAGGCUCAUUCGGGGAAAAGUCGUCUCGAGGCACAUGAACAACUUUCAGAACCAAGAGAAGUGGAGAAAUUGGUUAUAUCUCCGGUAAAGAAAGAGAUUGGCCCUGCUUUCGAGAAGAAGCAAAAGAAUGUGCUUGAAGCUUUGGAGGCUAUGGAUGAAGAAGAAAUUUCAAAAAUGAAGGCCGAGUUAGACUCCAAGGGGGAGGUGGACUUCUUUGUCUGCACUCUUGGGGAACAUGUGUCUAUUAAGAGCAGUAUGGUGACAAUUUCAAAGGUUAAAACAAGAGAACAUCAAAGAAAAUUCACACCCUCAGUAAUCGAGCCUUCAUUUGGUAUUGGGAGGAUUAUAUAUUGUCUCUUUGAGCAUUCCUUCUACACCAGACCAGAUAAAACUGGGGAUGAACAAUUGAAUGUGUUUCGGUUUAACCCACUUGUGGCGCCUUUUAAGUGCACAGUUUUCCCUCUGGUUCGGAACCAGCAGUUUGAGGAGGUUGCCAAGGACAUUUCCAAGUCAUUGACUUCUGCUGGCAUAUCGCAUAAAAUGGAUACUACAGGUACCUCGAUUGGGAAACGUUAUGCACGUACUGAUGAGCUCGGUGUACCCUUUGCAAUCACGGUUGAUUCUACAUCCUCAGUCACAAUUCGAGAAAGAGACAGCAAAGAUCAAAUCCGUGUUAGUGUGAAGAAGGCAGUAUCUGUUGUGAAGGAGCUCAGUGAGGGGUUGAGGACUUGGGAAGAUGUGUGGUGGUCACCUAGUCAACGGUGGAAGAGAUUCUGGCGUUCCUGCUUCAGAUUUAUAUUGUCUAGAAACUAAUCUUAUUGUUCAUAUUAGUUAUUGUAUUAGUUAUUUAAAUCUGUUAAUCUACCUUCAUUACUGGAAGAACAAUCCGUCAUUCUGUGGCCGUUGUUGUAUUUAACUUUGACAGCUACAUAGUCAACAGUUCUUCGAUCACUCAUUUUAUGUCCUAUGGUCUUUGAAUGUUCCAUUCAGU